AACUUCGUCGAAGAAGAGGGUGAUGUGGUUACCGGUGUCGACGGUCGCAGCUCUUUGCCUCCUCUUCGAUGGUGUCAAAGCGAGAGGCAUGGACAAAGAGAUGGAUCUCAUUUUCAGAGACAGGUCGAAUACUGAAUGGAAGGAGGCCUGGCAUAAGGAAAGAUACACUCGAUGCAGGGAGACCCUAAUCAGACACUUGUAUUGGGCAUGUGAGAAGGACAUAUACAGGAUCACGCGAAGAAGUGAGCACCCGAUGCAGCUGGCAAAUGAAGAUUUAGAGUCACUGAGUUUCCCUUGGAUCAGUGACGAGGAGGCCCACUUCAUGGUGAGGACGAAACGCGCAGCAAACAGGAACGGCGGAAGUUCCAUUACCGCCGAAUGCUGCAGCAGGAAAGGCUGCACGUGGGAGGAGUACGCCGAGUACUGUCCCACCAACAAACGAUACACGAACUACCUUUAAUUUAACAGAACAGAAUAAACACGGAUUCGAGAAUAGGUCGACGACACAAGAAAACGCACCGCUGCGAAGCUUUCCUAUGUUCAAUAGCUGAAAUAUCAAAUUGAGUAUAUGCAAUUAAUAAUAUUGUAGC